AUGUUCACACCGGAGCAACUACAGAAAGUAUGGAUGCAAUUGGCACUACAAGGUAUGGGCGCCAAUCUUGGUGCUCUACAAGCCUUACAAGCUGCCAACAUUGCGGCUCCACCCGGAGCAGGACCACCACCUGGUCUAUUCCCACCAAUUCCCACCGCCACAAUUCCGGUUGUUAAUCCCGGAUCGCCUACCACAUCCAAUUUGACAGCUGAACAAAUUAUUCAAACCUGUGAUCAGCUGGAAAAAGCCGAUGAUGUCGAUCGUCUGGCUCGAUUUCUCUACAGCUUACCGCCGACUCUUGCUCAAGAGGUAGUGUCCAACGAGGUGGUGCUCAAAGCACGAGCCCUGGUCUGCUUCCAUAUGGGAGAUUUUCGGCAACUCUACAGUAUUCUCGAAAAUCACAAAUUCACCCAAGGAAGUCAUCAAAAGUUGCAAUACAUGUGGCAAGAGGCCCACUACCGUGAGGCCGAGAAACAACGUGGAAGACCGCUGGGACCUGUUGAUAAAUACCGUGUCCGUAAGAAGUACCCCAUGCCAAGAACGAUCUGGGAUGGAGAGCAGAAGACCCACUGCUUCAAGGGUUUGAGCAUCAUACUUCAGGAACGAACCCGGUCGCUGUUGCGAGAAUGGUACCUGAAAGAUCCGUACCCAAAUCCGAGUAAGAAAAAAGAGUUAGCAAAUGCAACCGGUCUGACAGCGAUGCAAGUCGGCAAUUGGUUCAAAAAUCGACGACAGAGAGAUCGAGCAGCGGCGGCGAAAAACAAGCAAAACGUCAUUGGAGUUGAGCUGAAGAAAACGUGCGGUUCGGACGGCUCAGACAGCGAAGACGAGAACGACUUCGACGACAGCAUGACGGACUCACCGUCGCCGAUUGACGAGCCGAAAGAUCUCUCGUUACGACCGUCGUUCGGAGCCGAUCGCUUGCUGGAGCCCCCAUCGUUCACGAUGAACCCCCUGUUUCUGUUCAAUCCGGCAUUUCUUCAAAUGCAACAGCAAUUAGCCUCUCAAUUUUCUUUACCUCUCCCCGUUAGUAGCUCACCGCUUCAGCCUCCCAAACGUAACAAACUCUCUAUAGACGAGAUUCUUGAUUUGAAACCUGAACCCAAACCUUGCACAUCACCACAUUCACUAUCUUCCUCAUCUUCAAGUUCAAAUAAGGAAUUAUCCUCGUCCCCAGAAGCGAAACGUGAACCGAUCACCACCGCUGCCCCAGCCGCGGUUUCCGUUUCACAUUCUGAAGCCGAGCAAUUAGUUGUAUAG